ACUUGGUAACAGGCAAAGGUUGUUGUUGUGUAUGUGUUCAGUGAACAAAAUGGCUUACGAGGGAUUUUAUUAUUCACAGUAUCAAACUAACAGAUUACCACCCGUACCACACGUAUUUCGACGAACGAAUGCGAUGUUCAAAGGGAGUACAAAUAACUGGUACAGUCGUAAAAGCUAUUAUUACCGAAAUAAUAGUAAAUUUUCGUCGCCGUUUAAUCGUACCAAAGUUUUUGGUAAAGGAAAUUACUUUGCGAGUAACGAACAUAAAAAUGACAGUAACGUCGAAACCGAACCGAACGACGACAAUGAAAAAACGAUAAAAAAUGUUCCGGUAGAAAAAGAUCAAAUCGUUCCGAAGACAGCUUUGGAAUUUGUAUUAAACGACGUUUUGAUUUAUGAGGAAUCGAAAGAAACCGCCUCGGAUGAUUUCGGAGUUGUAGACUUGGAUCUAUCUGAAGACAAACCGGAGGAAUUGCUGAAGCGAUUAUCCGAGGACUCGAACGAAUCCACGAUGUAUAAAACAGAAGAAGAAAAUUCCAAAUCUCGCAAACGAAAAUGUGGUUCUAGUGGAAGAUCGUCGUCGGAGACUGGGAUAUCGAAGAGGAGCCGUUACGAUGACGAUAAUAACGAAAAAGACACGAUUAAAGAUUUGAAUCACCGAUUUUAUCCCAGUUUACCAAAAAAUUAUACAAUCCCGAAGUUGGAGAAGGCGAAACGGGUUUUUUCAAAAGCGGAUUCGCCGUGCUACAAACCGAUACAAUCUUUUGCUAAAGAUAACGUCGCGAAGGCGAACAAAAUCGAAAUACCGAAAUUUGAUGGGGAGGAAAACGUAGAUAAAGCGAAAAAAAGUCGCAUAAAACAAAAGGAAACCAAAAAGACAAAAUCUUCGGAAUCGCAAAAGAAGAAAAAUUGCAAAAACGAAAAUUCCAAAACGCGUAAACACGACAAAGAAUCUAAUAAAAAUGUUUGUAAGAAAAAGAAGGAUUCCGUUGAAAAUGGGAAAGAAAAAAAUGAGAAAUCGCGCGAACAUUGUCCGAAGAAAAACAAUAAAAAAACUACGAUUAAAAAACACGAAAAAGAAAACGAAAAUAAUAAAAAAUCUACCGAUAAAGACGAUAAUAAUCGAAAAAAUUCAAAAAUUGAUCGAUACAAACAAAAAUUGAUGAGAUUAUUCAAUUCCGAAGACGUUUCACUAGAAUCGACACGAGAUAACCAGAAAAAAAUCGAAAAAAAAUCGAUAAAUACUAGCGAAGAAAAUGACGGGCAAAUAAUUCCACCCGAACCGAUCGAAAAUGAAAAAUUCGAAAGCGUAAGCAAGAAAUUGGAGGAAUUGUUCGGUACGUCGAGUGAUAAAACCGAAGAAAUCUCGAUGAUAAUCGAUAAAAAACAAAAGAAACUCAAAAAUAUCGAAAACCCCCCGAAACUUAGUGUAGAUUUAGAAAUAAGACGACCCGUAGAAAAGGAAAUCGAAGAAUGUUUGUCCCGUUGCGAGCAGUUGAUAAUUCGACCGGUCGAUUUUCAACAACUCGAACCAACCGCUACAAAUAUCGAUUAUUGCGAACCAGCUACGGCGGCAUCGAUUAAAAUCGAAGCAUCGACUAAAAUUUCGAAUGCGCAAAUCAUCGAUUUGACGAUCGACGACGAUUGCCAAGACGUCGAUCAAAACGAAAAUUGCGUAGGUCGAAUUGGUGACGACGCGCUACUAAAUUCGCAAUCGAGAGAUCGUAAUCGUGUUGUAAUAAUCGAUGAAUCGGAACCUACCCCGUCGCCCACUAAUUACAAUCAAUAUAUAACGAAUACGUUUCUAACUUUGGACGGAAACGGAUUUCAAUUGUUAUCGAAUAAUUCCCCAUCGAAUCGAUGCUUAUCGAGUGGAAUUCCAUCAGGUUCGUCGAAAUCGAAAGACGCAAUCGAUAAUCGAACUUUAUCGAAUGAUGAAACGGCGUCAUCCGAAUCGAAUGGGGGCCACGAGAAUCGAUUUUUAUCGGAAUCGUCGCGGUCGAAAGGGAAACUUGAUGAUCGAUUUUUAUCGAAUGGAGCUCAAUCGAGUUCGGUGGUAGCAUCGGCAUCGAGAGGCGUUAAAUAUGUCCGCGGUAAAGUAACGUCUUCGACAAACAGCUCCCGACUUAAAUCGAUACCAUCUUCAUCGGGAGGCCUUCGCACCGCCGCCGCCUCAUUUAACCAAACAUCAAUAGAACCGUCACCGAUUGGUGUCGGGAGCAGUACCGUUGGACCGAUGUUACCGCCAUGGAAUGGUGUCCAAUUAGUGUCGUCGCCUUCGAAAGGGGCCGCUCAAAAUAAGUCUGCCCCAACGAUUUCGCCAAUUUUAAAUGGUAGUUGUUUGAACCAAUCAGCGGUACCACCGACGAGACGUUUCCCUUGCAAGAAAUCGGGCGCCGAUACGUUGGUUCCGGACGAGGUUCGAUUGCCCUUUGGGGAAUCCCUGAAUGUUAAUGACACGCAAUAUUCGUCGUUUACGGGGGAUUUGCGAACGGUUGAUGUAACUAAUCGUCGACUUGUGGGGGUAGCGCCCAUGGAUAGUGCCAGAUCGGAUUCGACGGGAUCACUUGACGAAGGAAAUGAUAGAACGGCAUCAAAUACACUCGAACGCCCUCGACAUCCCAACGCGACCAUAAAUCAGAUUUCAUCGAAUAGAAGGGUGUCUCAACCUCGACUUUUGUCUAAUAUCACCCUUGAAGAUUGGCAGGAACACAUCGGGCAUUACAUUCGGUUUAUAGAGCAAUCGAUGCACUACGACAACCAAUAUUUAACUUGGUUAAAAUCGAAAAACUUCCCGUCCGACAUCUACACCAAAGAAUUCAAAAUGGUGGCAAAAAUUCAAGAAUUUCGUUUUUCUAAUUACGCCAAAAAUUUGAUGGUCAAACUCCAUUUGUCGAAUAUCAACACCCACUUGACUGUCGUUCAUGUAGACGAAAUUUACAAUUUUUUACUCCGACAAGGUUUAAGGAUAUCAAUAGUGCGGAUGUACACGUUGUUGUGGAAACUGAUGGGAUUCUAUCCAUCUUUCUAUAACAAUCACGUAGCGUUGAAAAAUUUGUACACAUUUGUGCAGAAAUGCAUCGAAGCCAUCGUCGCCAAAUCUGCACAAUGUCAAGAUUAUAGAAAAGAAGAGUUCACGUCUCAGCAAAGAUCAACGCUACGUGAACAAAUAAUCAUGUUCAAUUCAUUAGUGUUGAAUUCUCAAAAAAAUGACCAUUAUCGUAAAUUGAAUCGUUGUGCAGAUCGAAGAAAUCAGUUUCCGUAUCAACAACCGCCGCCUAGUCAAACCUCCAAUGCCAAAACGUGCGAUACGAGGCGGCCGUCCUUGGUUGGCGAUUUUGAAGCGUCCGAAGAUGGUUCCAACAAGGUGGACGAUCAUCCAGGUCAAUCGAAGGUGACUUCCGUACCAAGUACAUCCAAGUAUUCUCGUCAGAGGUGCCAAACUGGCAACAGAAAUAGAAAAAAACCGACUGACGCUUCUAUUUCUAAUGAAGUUGCUCAAAUUAGUGUCCCAGUCGACGACGACGUUAUUGAUUUGACGUGGUUGAAAAACGUGCUGUCCUCCGAGCUCGACGAAGCGAUCGAUUUCAUGAUCAUCAAGAAGGAAGAGGUCGAAAUUCAAGAUGAUUCAAUGCUGGUAGACGAAAAUCACUUUGCUUCGCUUCAAAUUAAUAAAUUGGUCAUCAGCGGAAGACAUUGUAUAUGCAAUAAACCGGCUAUUUUAAUAUGUAGUUGCCGUAUGGCUAUGUAUUGUAGCAAUAAUUGUCAAAUAAUACAUUGGCCGGAACAUAAGAAAAUGUGCGUAUAUAAAAAGGGUUAACAAAUAUUUUUUUUCACGUUAUUAUCGUAUUUAGGGGGAAAAUAGUGCAAAAAUAUUUGUUCCGAAAGUUUUAUUUGACUUAUCGGUGAAUUUAUAACGAAAAAAACGGUACCGUUGCCUCUCCCCCCAAAUUUUAUGUUUAAUUAGAAAAGUUAACCACCGAAAGUUAUUUUUUUAAUAGUCUAGUGAUUGUUUGAAAAUAUUUUUGAGUUUUCUACCCUAAAAUCGUUGCAGUACACCCCUAAAAACUAGAAAAUAUCAAAGUUAAAAUUGACUUUGAAGUUAGUGAGGGUGCUUUGGACUUAUCCAAUAUAUAAAAAUAGGGGGUGGAAGUGGAUGCGAAGGUAAUUUAACGAUUACUUUCAGUGUAUAAAAGUUAUCCUGUGAUUUAGGUAUAAGGAAAUUUUCAUACCGAUUUUCAUCGAUUAAUGGAUAUUAGACCCCUAUUAGACCGUAAAAUCCUCGAAAUGAUAUUUUUUUCUCGAUAAAAACAAUUUUUGCCCUACAAAUUUUGGACAAAUUUUUACACGAUUUCGAUUGCCCUCGUAUAAUUUCGAUACUGAGGUUUUAGAUUUUGUUUUUACUCCAAAAGACUUUGGUUUAAUACAAUAUUCAUAAUCCAUCCAUGAAUUAGAUGUAAUUUAUAAAAUGUGAUAGUUUUGAAUUCAGUUGAGAGAAUGUUUUGUAUUAUUUUGUACUUGUUGAUAUGAAAAAGAAGUUAUUAAAAUUAUUUGUAACAA